CCUGAGAACUUAAUAUAAGUCAGAUAUUAUCAGGUUUCAAUGGUUCCUUUUUGUUCAGGAUCAGCACCUUAUUGGCACGGAACUUUGUUCAGUUUCAACUUUAAUUAUCAUUGUUAUUAGUUGAUUGUUUCACAUCUUCAGUUUCAGUUUCUCUUGGAACUUUUUUUUUCUAUUUCUGUUCCGAUUUACAAAAUUGGAAUUUUUUUUCCUCUUCUCAUUCGAUAAAAACUUUUCUAUUAUUUUAUUGUUGAAAGAAAACUUUUAUGUUUUCAAAGUUUAAUUGUUGUUGAUCAAUUGUGAUUUUGUGUUUUCAUCUGAUACAUUGUGUUACUUUUAUUGUCAACAAUUAACUAUCAUUGUAAUCAAAAUGAUCAUUUAUCAAUCAGCCAUUUUAAUAAUAACGACUUUGAUUGUAACAAUUAACUCCCAUGGAUAUCAUCAUCAAGAAAGGAAUCGACAAGGAAAUGAACGGACUUGGUUUCAAAUGUCAAUUCCUUACCUUGAUGCUUCAAUUCAAUUUCCACAACCACCCGGUUUUGAUCCUGAUCGAUUGUUUGAUUUAGUUACUUCUCCAUUCCAACAAUGGAGUCCACUGGAACCUCCUCCGUUUAUGAGGCCAUUUUUUGAUCGACCAAACCAAUUCAGACCAAUGAUCCCACCUCCACCUCCAGUUUUACCCCCUUUCAACCCAGCCUUACCUCCACCAGCACCAGCACAACCAUCAGCUGAACCUUCACCUUCAACUCCUUCAACCUCAAAUCCAAAUCCAAAUUCAAUCGCAGAUUCUGAACCAGAAUCAACCUUUGCCGUUUCAUCGUCCACAUACAAUCCCUCACGAAGACGAUACAAACCUCGUUGGGUUCCUCAUAAUCCUCGUCGUCAUUUCGGCAAAAGACCAGGCAACGGCGGUCGAAGAGGAAAUGGAAACAGGUAUGGAGGUCACAAUAAUAACGGAAGCUAUGGUAAUGGUAAUCGCGGUGGGUGUAGAAAUGAUUCUGGAACUAAAGGAGGAAGAAAAUGCCAAACUGGCCAUCGAUUCUGGGAGAAGUCGAAACCUUCCCCUUUACCUCCUAGUUGGCCUUUUUUCGUAUUCCCUCCACCACGACCUUCAAACGACGAUGAUAAUGAAAAACCUCAAGUUCCAAACACUUUUACCGAAGUGACAAAAAACACUGACCCCGCUUGUGGCAAUCGCCAUCUUCCAAGACCUACUAAGCCAACCAACGAUUCAAUCCCAACAACAACAACAACAACAACAACCACAAGCACAACACUAACAACAACAUCAACAACAUUGUCUCCAACAACUUUAGAUAACAAUGGAAGAGAUAAUGAAGAAAGCAACAAUAACAAUGUAACAAACGAAUCAACUUCAUCAUCUCCCUCAUCACCAUCAUCAUCAUCAACAACGACAACUGAAUUACCAACGACAUUUGUAAGUUCAGUGGAUGUUGAACCUUCAUCUUAUUCAGGAUCUUCAGAACUGUCACCAUCUUCAUCCUCUGAGAAACCUUUAACUCCCUCUGAGCUUUUGAAAAGUUCAAAUGUUGAACCGGAAAAGGACAAGAAUAAGAAUCCAUCUGAAUCUAAAAUACCAAAUGGAUCAAACGGAAGUGGAAUAGAAUCAGGUAAAAAAGAAGAAGAUGAAAAGAGACCAACAGAAUCAGAAUCUUCCCUGUCUUAUUUACCCAAAGAAUCCGAUGGUGAUGAUAAAAUAAGCGAAAAGACAAAUAUAAAUAAUGGUGAAAAUAUUUCCUCAUCCGGUUUGAUGACAACAAUGGGACCUUUGGAAACAAUAGAAGAUGAAGAUAAGAAAAAGAAAGAGAUUGAAUCAAAAGAGAAAGAUGAUAAAGAUUCAUCAUCAUCUUCCACAUCGAUCUCACCACCAGAAUCAUCUUCAUCUUCAUCGAUAGAAAAUGUUGUCACAACAAUGUCACCAAAUGGAAACACCGAUGAUGUUACAACCACGAGUUCAGCUGAUCUAAGUAACAAUAAUGAUUCAAUAAACGAAACUGAUACAGUUCCAGAUGAAAAAGAUGCGAAAUCAGCAUCACCGGAAGUAGAAGCCAAAAGGAAAAGGGAAACAGAAAGGGAACAAUUUAUCAAGCAAAUUGAAUCGAUGUCGAUUGAAGAUUUCAAGAGACUCGCAAGUAAAAUCGCAUCUCUAUCAAUCUAAAUGAACAAACAAGAAAAAAAAAGUUUUCGUCAACAAUUUACGAUUCCCUUGAUUCCGGAAGUUGAGGUCACUCACUAUAUUUACAUAUGAUGAUAGAUGAUUAAGAUGACAGGAAGGAGGAACCAAAUCAGCAAGAGAGUAAAAAAGUGAAAAUGAAAACGAAGAAAAAAUUUUCCUACUCAACAAUUAACAUGGAUUCUCAUCAUGAUCAUCAUUUUCCUACUAAUUAUCUUCCUAAUCACACUAAUCGUCGUCUUUGUGGUUUUAAUUGUUCCAAUUAAUUGUCCUACCAAAGUGCCAACAUGAUCAAUGUUUAUUUUGUAUCUUUUACCUUUCUCAUUGUGUGUCUCUGGUUAGGCAACAAUUAGACUUGAUUAUCAUCAUUUUAAAUGAUAAUUGUAAUUACUUUUAAUCUUAUAUUUAAUUGUCUACUUGCUGGGGUCAAUAGUUUUCCACUUUGAUUAUAACAAUCAACAAAAUCAAUCUCAAUGUUAAUUGUCAUUGGAAUGGUGACAAAAUUAACAGUUUCUUUUUUUUCCUUCUAAUUUUGUAAUCAAGUUAAUUGUAAUUAAAAUUUUCCAAUUGACAGAAAUAAAAUUGAUGAUCAUCAAUGAGAAUUCAUUGAUUGUGAUUGAUUUGUAUCAAGAU